AUGGAUAAUUCUGGUGAAAGCGAUCAGCAAUUGCCAAAGUCGCCACCACGACGUCGACGGUCAACAUUUUUUGUGCGACGUGAAUCAAUAGUACCAGACCCUCCACCAAAAAGAACUUUUGUUGAUGCGGAACCAGAUCGUCAACAGAAUGAACAACUAUUACAAUACUGUAAGGACUUGCAAAAUGAAAAACAACAGUGGAAGGAUGAAGUACGUCAAAGGAGAAAUGAUUAUCAUGAACUUAGGGAACAAUGCAAGAUGGCAAAGAAUGCAGCACCUACCAGAUCUGAAAUGUGUUAUUCAGCCUUGACUGAUGAAGAUAUUGAAUUUUUGAACCAAAAAAUAAAUCUAUCAAAGUUGUGUGAAAGCCAACAGGCUUUACACAAAGAAGUUGAGGUUACUCGAGCGUUCUAUCGAAGAGCAAUGGAGCUAGAUAAUGAAAUAUUAAAUAGAUGUGAAGAAAAUGUCCAUAAAAUUCAAGACAAUAUUUUAGAAAACAGUACUGUUGACUUUCAUGAAAAUAAUCAAUCAUUUAUGUAG